CUUUGGCUCGAUGUCCUACUCUAAAUUUAUUGUUAACAUUUUAUCUGGUGUUUCAUGAAUCGACACGUAGCUUAGUUUUUUAUGUACGCAUACUAUGUAUCUAACUGCAGUGUAUUAUUGCUGUUCUUUUAUUAUUUAAUUUUGUUUUUCAUUAGUACAUAACGUAUUGUAGGAUGACAGAUCGCGGGAACUUCAAUGCUGUGAACGGACAUGGACGUAAGAAGUGAAGUUAGAGAUCAAGCAAUCAAGUCUUCCGAUCGCUUGAAUACAUUAUUGCCCUUGAGGCUGACACCUCAAGAUGUUGAGGGCAAUCCGGGAUUUGUGAAGCUCUUGACUGGAUUAACCAAACACAUCAAUGAACAAGGCAUAGGACUACAAACACACAAGGAUCUUGUACAGGCCCAGGAGGUGUUGAAACAUGAGAAGCACACUUGGCUUUUGCACCACAUCCUCCAUCAUGAAGUCCAGGAGCUGAUUCUGGACUAUGGGAUCAAGAGUCAGGAGGUGUCGCUGGCAUCAGAUGACAAGCAGUUCCUGGUGAUUCUCCAAAAUUGUCUGACAUACAGCGAGAUAGGUGACUACCUUGACUUCAGCCCUGACCCAACAUCCAAGGCAACUUUGCUUGGCCUCACACAGGAGGAUGUCAACAGACACAAUGUCUACAGAAAGCAUAUUUCAUCAGUGCAGCAAAGACUGAUUCCAGAGAUUGAAGCUCGAUUACAAAGGAAAUGUGAAAAUCUUGUCACGUUCUAUCAACCACCAAAACUGUCAGACAGCACCCGUCUCACUUUGUCCAAGGCAGUGCAGCUACCUGGUGAGAUUGAGACCAACAAACAUCAGCUCAGUGAGGAUAAGAAACAGGUCCAAGUGAUACAUCGGAAGAGAGACAAGCAGUUCUGGCUGUACUACCAGACCCUGCUAGACUUGCUGUCAGUCUUGGAGAAGGUGUUGAAGGACUACAAGCUAGAUCGGCAGGUGGAAUCUGAUCUGGUCACCAGUGAAUGGCUCAUUGCCAGGUGUGAUGCCAUGUGUCUCAAAAUAAAAUUAGUUCAACUCCAGAUUCUGUGUGACACCUAUACUGCAGAGACUGUGCAGGCUCUAGACGUGGUCAGGAAACAUUUGGACUCAGCUAUAGAUGACCAUGAGAAGGACUUGGUGCGAGUGGGUCAGGCAUUGCGUGCGUACGAGGCGGUGGGGAUGGGAUUUGACAGCUUGGUGGAGGAGUACACAAAACUGAGAGGGGAGCUUGAGAACAAGCAGUGGGCCUUGGCCGAGCUACAGCAGACCACCUCACAGAGCACAGGCUGACCAGUUGUAGCACUUGUAUAUAUAUGUGUGUCCAUUAAACUAGUCACAUGUA